AGAGAAAGACAAAGAUAAAGGAGUGCCUUAGAAGUGAAACAAAGAGGGGCGCCACAAACUCUGCACUUUGUGAACGGUGAAGAAGAGAUGAGACCAUUAAAGAAACACAGAGGGCGUUCCCCGUUAACCAGAGGUAGAGGGGGGAGAAGGAGAGGGGGAUCUCAGCCCCUUCAAGAGAAAGACCCCAAAAGAGUCAAGAGGGAAACACUCGUCAAAACAACACAGCACACACCGAGCACUCCCACACGCAAACAGAUCUCGCCUGCAGCCGCCAACUCCAACGAAGAACCGAUCACAAACAGCAAAACCGCCACGAGGGAGGAGUCUGCUGAGCUGAGGAAACCUGUGGAGUCAGUUGAGAGGGAAGAAAAGAAGGCAGAAGAAAUGCCAGAAAAGGAAAAGGUAGUGGGCACGAAUGGAAAUAAGGCAGUGUCCACUGAGCCUGUAGCAUUUCCUACCUCUACCCCAACGCCACUCUCCACAGCCACGCCCCCUCUGGCCACCAAUCACGGCCCCAGUCUAGGCUCAGUCUCUAGUAGGAAAACAGCCACAUUUAAGGCUCGUGUGCCCAAGAAGAAAUACACAUACGAGCACUUUGCAAACAAUGCAAGUAACCUGACUACCAUUCCUACCUCCAGCCCUGCACUCAUACACAACAGUUACUGCAAUAUUCACAGCAGAAUCAGCGAUAGUUUGAAUACACCCAACAAUAAUUUCCAGAGUAGUAACAAUAUUAGUAAAAGCAUUCAAUUUAGCAUAAAUAGUAGUACUAAAAGUAACACUACAAGUGGUAUUAACAACAUGACUGACCGAAGUGCUGGUAGCCAUAAUACUUUUAUCAAUAGCAGUAAUAGUAGAAGUAAUAAUUGCUCAGGUAAUCAGCCAUCAGUGCUAACUGUGGAUAGUAAAGCUCCAGGAGCAAACCAUUUUGUUUCCACGGAGGAUAAAACCCUCAGGACAGCAGAAUCGCAGGACAAAGAUUCCCACUCUGGGGAGAAUGAGUCAGAGGGGGCCCCGAGCUCAGUGCGCUCCUCGUCCACUGACACUGCGAGUGAGCACUCAGCUGACCUGGACGGGAUGGAGGCAACAGGACCAAGCCUCCAUCAAAAGAACCACCGCCACCCGGCUCUUCUCCACAACUCGCACCAUAAAGAGGCCAGGCUUUCAGAGGGACUAGCUGAGGCUCUGGCCAAAGGCAUGAAAAACCAGAGAGUUCUCGCCCGCCAGAUAAAGAGGCCCUUAGAGAGUGGGGGUGGGGCUGCAGGGGACGGAGGGGUUAAGGAGAUUGACUCAUGCCUUUUAUCGCCUGUGUUCAGACCAGGGGUGGUGCGUAGGGUGGGUGGUGGUACUGUAGAAGUCCAGCUCCAAGGAGAGGAGACCCUCGUUAAAUACCCUUUCCACAGUGGAGCCUUGAUGGCAUCAUCAUCAGGGGCUGAGAGCACGGUGGAGUUCAUUUUGGAUGCCCCCCCACCUGGAACGGCACCUGUGGCUGUCAGGACCCGAGUGUGCGUGCCCUUUGGUGGAGAGGAGGGGGGUCCUCUGCUGUACAGAGAGGGGAUUGUCACUCAGGUGGACCCCCACCCAGGCGUGUCGUUUCCUUACCAGGUGCUCCUGAGUGAAGACAGAGCGACUCUGGACGAUGCAGAUGGGGGGGAAGAGAAAGAGAAAAGGAAAGCUAAUGCUAACUCUCAGGCUGUGUGGGUGUCCCGACAGAGUCUGAGGCUGCUCACCCCUCCAUGGGAGGUCACACAUUUGGACGGUGGGAGGGCCCAGGAAAGAGAGCGAGAGCGGGAGAGGGAGAGGGAGGAGAGGGAGCGGAGGGAGGAGAUGGAGGUGGAGAGGGAAGUGUGCCAGUUGAGUAUUGGGAUGGGGGUGCUGGGAGGGGCAAUGUUGGGCCCUGGUUUUUCACAUGACGCAGUUGCCGGGGGGCAUCCCUAUGGAAACGCACAUCCUCCAUCCCAUUCCUCCACUGUGACUUCCGGUGUAGCUGACAGCACGGUUAACGACUGCGGAGAUAACUACUCCACCAGAGAGAGACAGACGCAGCCAAACACCCCGGAGGAGGACGUGGAGGUAUCUCGUUUCAACAUGGCCCUCACUGUCGCUCCCAAGACCAAUGCUGGGACCUCUCAGCACAGAAACAUCGUCUCCAAGUCCAGUUCUUACCCCCCUUCCUCGCCCCACCUCUCUGUGGUGCAAGGUCUGGUACCCCCACACCUCUCCACCCUAGCCAGUCCCCAGCCGACCCGUUCCCCUGCCUUACUGGGGUCUGAAACUAACAACGCCACACCAAGCCUACCUCCAUCAAAGACCACUCCAACUCAGACCCCUACUCCCACUUCUGGUGGGGGGUCCUCCUCUACCUCCUCUCGCUCCAGGACUCCCCUCUCAUUGGCUCAGCAGAAAUACAAGAAGGGCGAUGUGGUGUGCACGCCUAACGGCAUCCGUAAGAAGUUUAAUGGUAAGCAGUGGAGGAGGCUUUGCUCCAGGGAGGGCUGUAUGAAGGAGUCUCAGCGGCGGGGAUACUGCUCAAGACACUUGUCCAUGAGGACCAAAGAGAUGGAGACGACAGGGGGAGGGGGGGGAGGCAGCAGCUCAGGGACUGUCACCCCUGACCUGCGGGGGAGAGCAAGCAGUGAGUUUGAGUGGGACGACACGUCAAGGGAGAGCAGUGAGACCAGUAGCAGAGGAGACUCCAGACCCCGCUUGGUCCUCCCCUCCCUCCUCCCCCAUGACCUGUCGUCACGCUUUGACUUUGACGAGUGCGAGGCCGCCACCAUGCUCGUGUCACUAGGGAGCUCCCGCUCCGGCACCCCCUCCUUUUCUCCCAUCUCCAACCAGUCGCCCUUCUCCCCCGCCCCCUCUCCCUCGCCUUCCCCGCUGUUCGGCUUCAGGCCCGCCAACUUCUCCCCGAUUACCGCCUCCCCGGUCCUGCAACCCCGGAGGCACAGGCAGCCCAGCGGGACAGGGGGAGGAGGGGCGGGGGGCAGUAAAGUAACGACCCCAGCUGGGGGGGGAGAGAGGGAGAGACACUCUUCAGGUAUGCAGCCCUCCUUCCACAGCAACCUGAUGUUUACGGUCCCCAUGAGCCCCAGCAAACGAAAGCCUGACGCACUUCCCCCACCUCCCCUCCCCUCACACCACCACGACUACACUCCCAAGACGGAGCUGGAGCAGGGGGACCUGAACAACUCUUUCAGGGUGCUCUCCCCCCAGACACCAGCUUCACAUUCCCGCACACACACACCCACCUUCUCCCGACCCAGAGGAGUGAGCACUCCCUCGUCCAGUAGGCCACCGUCCUCCGCUGCUGUCUCCCCUCCUCCUUUGCUGGUAUCUCCAACUCCACCUUCCCCUCUCACUCCCGACGGAGGGCCUCGUCGUGUGGUCCCUGUAUCCCAGCAGGCCCUGCGGGACUCCCCUGUCAUUGUGAGGAAUCCUGAAGUACCGCUGGCAAAAUUUACAGAGUGUCCCUUAGGAAGAGGAGGAGGAGGAGGAGGAGGAGGAGGUGGAAACGAAGGAGGGACAGAUAAAACCUCAUCUAAAGACAUCGGCUUAGCCCCCCUCACACCUCAGCCAGUUUCAGGCCUCCAGGUUCCCGUCCCCAUCAACGCUGCUGCAGCCACAGUUCCCAAUGGCACCGUCCUCUUGCGGAGCCCGGCUCAAACUUUAGUGCUUGUGUCCCCAACACCGUCCUCCCUGCCCACCACUGACACCCAGGCCUCCGCCCUGCAGGCCCUGUCAGUUACCGUCAGCACAACAGUCACGGCUCCCGCUCCGAGUAGCACGGACAGCUCUGUGGAACGAGAGGACAGCAGGGGGACAGGGUUUGGGGGUGAGGUCCAGCAGCCAGUUCCAUGUCACCCUUCUCCCACCGCUCUGCUGCCACUGAUCCUCCCGGCCGAAAGCCUGCACCCCGCUCCAAGAAAGGACAUCAUAAUGGGACGUCCUGGCACAGUAUGGACCAACGUAGAGCCCCGGUCAGUUCCAGUCUUCCCCUGGCAUUCAUUGGUCCCUUUCCUGGCACCGACUCAAUCAGAUGCUACUUCUCAGCAAGGGGAGGGCCAGCACCCGGUCAACUACCCCCAAGCAGCCAGUCUGAAGACAGAGUGUCAGGCGGUGGCAGCGCUGCCACAGCAGCCUACAGAGGCGCCUCCCACCAUAGAGAGAGGUCCUCCAUCCCGGCCUCCCCCCUCUUCUGAUGAACUGCCUCCAGAGAAGGAGAAAGGAGAUGCAGAGAGGGAGAGGCCUGACAGCGAGACAGAGAGUGAUGUGGAUGACCCCUUCCUCCCAGGAGUUGUACCAGAGCCGCCCAUCUCUAUAUCACCAGUGAAGAGACGCACUCAGUCCCUCAGUGCGCUGCCCAAAGAUGGAGAUAAGAGCAGCCCUGGAAAGAGGGAGAAGGACCACAUCCGGCGACCAAUGAAUGCAUUUAUGAUUUUCAGUAAGCGCCAUCGAGCGUUGGUGCACCAGCGGCACCCAAACCAGGACAACAGGACAGUCAGCAAGAUUCUGGGGGAGUGGUGGUAUGCUCUUGGACCAAAGGAGAAACAAAAGUACCAUGAUUUGGCCUUCCAGGUAAAAGAGGCCCACUUUAAGGCUCACCCGGACUGGAAGUGGUGUAACAAAGACAGGAAGAAGUCCAGCUCAGAGGGCCGUGGGGUGCCAGGGGGCAAAGACAUCAGAGAGAGGAGCAUGUCUGAGUCCACAGAGCCCCAUUCUGUGGAGCUAAAGGGAGUUGGUCCAGGUCUGGCAGGCGUGUCUGAGAGGACCACAGGAGAAGGUCAUGUGGGCCAACUUACCCGUCCCCGAGCCUUCUCUCAAAGUGCCAUGCACAGCCUGGAGCGGAGUGACAGGGGGAAUACUCAGGCCCUGGCAGAACUGGCACAGAUGUGUGGGGAUGGUGGCAGUCAGUUUCCAAGUCAUGCCCCGCCCCUGUCACAGUCCCAGAGGGGGGUCAGCGAGGACAUGACCAGCGACGAGGAGCGCAUGGUCAUCUGUGAGGAGGAGGGAGAUGAUGAUGUCAUUGAGGACCCUUAUCCUAGCAGUUCCAUAGACCUCAAGUGUAAGGAGCGGGUGACUGACAGCGAUAGUGAGAAUGGCUCUGGGGACGAAAGUGAUCGGAAGAGAGUUUUCGCUCCAGUCAUUUGCUCCUCUGCAUUAUCAUCUUCAUCGCACCAUACCCCUCACGGCAGGAGUGUCUCCCUGUCCUCUUACCCCAGCAGCAAGCGAUAUGACGAGGGGAGAUCAGGAGGGGGAGGGUUUUCAGAUCACAGGAGGAAGGAAAGAGGAGACGGAGAGAGUAAGGACACAUAUGGGGGAGAGGGAGGAGGAGGAGGAGGAGGACAAGCCACAUCUCUCUCCCUCUCUUCUGGCCAGUCAGUCAUCACCACUUCUACAAGUGGAGGGCAUUCUUAUUCAUCAGCAGGUUCACUGGGGGGGAACCCGCUCAUGGGGAUUGGCGCUGUAAGGGUGGCAUCUACGGUGGUGACCAAUGUAAUGCGUCCUGUUAUCAGCACGCCCCUCCCCAUCGCCAGCAAACCCAGAGAUGGAGGCACAUCCAGCCCGCAUCCGCCAGAGAGGAAGUCCCUGACGCCCCAUCAGCAGCCACAACUUCUGAUUGGUUCAGGGUCAGGAGGGGGUGGGUACUACUCUUCUUCAUCACCUAAUCCUUUAGGUGCAGGCGUUGGCCAUGGUGGUGUAGUGACUAAUUUAGUGUUGGGAGGGGCUCUGUCUGCUCAACCUGCUGUUCAGCUCAUCACACCCUCCCACCACCACCAGCCCUCCCAGCAGCAGGCCUUUUCCUCCUCCGCUGUUUCAGUAUCGCACAGCCAAACCAACGGGCCCCUGCCUCUGUCCCUGCUUCAGCCCCAGUUCCUUCCCGCCUCUUCGCUGGCGUCCCCCGGUGGUAAGGCCAUCACACAGGUUCAGUACAUCCUGCCCACCUUACCUGCCAACACCAACCCAAAGAGUCCACCUCAGCAGCUCAGCCAGCCAACCAGUAUCUUCAACCUGCCCACAGCUCCACCCACACACAUGUCCCUGGCCAAUGGAAGGCAGCAGGGGACAAGUCACCUGGCAGGAUAUUCGUCCAGCUCAGCAGUGGGAGUGGUUGGCCCGGGAACGAGAGUGCAAACACAGUCUCCAGUGCUCCAGGGCAAAAUGCUUGUUCCCAUGGCAACAGUAAGGACAGCACCAGCCCUUACCCAGCAGGUUCCCAUCGUGGCUCCACCUCCUCCGGUCCAGAACGGUGCUCAGAUGGGAAGCAAGAUCAUCCAAAUAGCUCCCAUGCCUAUGGUCCAGUCCCAGCUGCCUCAGGGUGGAGCGGUCCACCCUGCCAGCCCCUUCCCUGUGGGCACAGCUGCUGUGGUGGCUCCAGGAUCGGCCCCCUCCCAGGCUGUACUCCUGCCUCCAGCUCCUACCAGGAUCACCUAUGUCCAGUCCACUCCAGGGGUCCCAUCCACUCUGCCUCUGGUCUCCACGACAACAGGCUCCUCCACCACCCAGCAAGCCCUGCCGGUGCCUGGAUCUGCAUAUGUGCCAUCGCCCCUGGCAACACUUGGAUUCACAGCUAUCGCGCCACCUGGUCAGACACUGGUUCAGCCACUGAUUCCAGGUCAGCCCCCCCUCCUAGCCACAGCUCAGUCUCCACAGCCCUCCAGCUCAGCCCCUGCCUCGGGCUCCGGGGGCCAGAUAGUCACCGCCAUCUACCCUCCUUCACCUAACGUCACCAUGGCGACGGGGGUGGUCUCCAUGACAGCAGUACCCCCCAGCGUGGUCUACUCCAUCUCCGGCCCCUCCACCGUUUCCCCCCACAUCCUGUCCAAACACACAGCAACCCCCAGCACAAUCACACACGCACAUCCGCAGCCCCAUGCGGACAGACAGGCAGACAGGCACCUGCCUCCGGACAGACCUGCAGAUCGACAAGCUGACAGACUCGCUGAGAGGCAGACGGAACUGCUGACGCAUUCUGACAGACAUCUGGAGAGGCAGACCUCCAGCAGUAGCAGCUCAGUGGCACCUCCAAGUGGUUCAGCUGUGUCCACAAGGCCCUGCAGUCCUCUUCCAAUCCAAACACCUGGCAGUGCACCAGGUACACCUAAACUAACCCAGCUUCCAGUCAGGACUCCUCAGAAGGUGAAGGCAACGGUGGCGAACAUUCCCGUAGGCAGCUAUGAAGGAGGAGGCCGAGGAAAAGAGAGAGAGAGGGAGAAAGACAGGGAACGAGAGAGAGAGCGGGAAAGGGAGAGGGAUAGAGAGAGGGAAAGGGAUAGAGAGAGGGAGAGGGAUAGGGAGAGGGAUAGGGAGCGGGAUAGAGAGAGGGAUAGAGAGAGGGAGAGAGUAGCUUCAGCAGCCAGUCGCUUCUCCUUUGAUGCUGAGCCGGCGGGGCAGACAGCGUCUCCAUCAACACAUCCUGCCGAGGAGCCGCCGUCCUCUGACAGACCCCCGGAGGGCUCAUGUGCAGCCGACUCCUCCGACACACAACACAGAGAAAGCACAAGCACCAAAGAGGCCGGAUGGAAGGAGUCCCUCCCUUCCUCACCUCCCCCCCCUCCAUCAGCCACAGAACCGACCCUGCCACCCCCACAGGCUGACAAAGAUGGUCCUACACCCAAAAAAGUCAAAGCCCGCCCACCACCACUUAAGAGGACUUUUGAGUCAGUGGACAAGUCGGGCAGGGUGCUGUCAGAGGUGUAUUUCGAGGAGCGCUUUGCUGAGCUGCCAGAGUUUCGGCCUGAGGAGGUUCUGCCUUCACCAACCCUCCAGAGUCUGGCCACUUCACCGCGCGCCAUUCUGGGCAGUUAUCGCCGCAAGAGGAAGAACUCCACAGAUUUGGACUCAGCCACUGACGAGCAGGUCUCUCCUAAGAGAAAGAGUCGUCGGCGCUCAAGCUGCAGCUCAGAGCCCAACACGCCUAAAAGUGCCGCCAAGUGUGAGGGAGACAUCUUCACCUUUGACAGAGCAGCCACAGACGGAGAAGACAUCCUGACAGAUCUGGAGUUCGAUAAGGUGCCCUACUCCUCCCUGAGACGAACACUGGACCAGAGGCGAGCUCUGGUCAUGCAGCUGUUCCAGGAGCAGGGCUUCUUCCCAUCAGCUCAAGCCACUGCAGCCUUCCAGACGAGAUACUCCGACAUAUUUCCCACCAAGGUGUGUCUGCAGCUGAAGAUCAGGGAGGUUCGGCAGAAGAUCAUGCAGACGGCCGCCCCCUCUGACGUCUCUGCUUUAGGCAUCCCUGACUCAAUGGGCCCCCUCCCCGGACCCUCUGGCUCCCAGUCAGGAGAAGGAUCCAUGAGGGGAGGUGUGGACCUGCUGGAUGAAGACGUGGAGCAAGGAACAGAAGGGAGCCCAGAGGAUCCUCGGGAUUCACAUGACUCUUCUAGAUGAGGGACGCGGACAAAUUUCAAUUGACCAAUCAGUGACUGUGGAAGUCACACCUUUCCUCCCCCCCUACACACACACACACACACACACACACACACACACACACACACACACACUUUUCUCUUAAACCACACUCUUAAUCCUCCUCUGGCCGGAUCCUGGUUUCUUUCCAUCCUUAGAACCCAACCGUUGAGAGGGAAAGAUGUCUUUAUGCAAUGUUAGGAAGAUGUUCGGUAGGAUGCAUGAAACCCCAUGGCACAAAAAACUACUUCAUGGCACCAACACAAUGCACAUAUACACAUACACACACACACACACACACACACACACACACACACACACACACACACACACACAUCCACACACACACUGCAAACUCUUAAUUAGCACACUUGAAUUCGCACUCUGUAUUAACCACCUUGGGAAAGCUCCCAUUGACGCCAGUGAACGAAGGACCAUUUGUGUACAGCUGCACUCGUUUGCCUUGAAGAAUAAAGGGUUCUUGUUUUUGGACGCAGAGACCCGCCCGACCCAUUCAGAGACGAGGAAAAGUCAGCGGCUUUAAAACGAAAACAUUAUAUGUUUUGAUAUUUGUUUUAAUAGCAUUAGAGGAGUAAAAGCAGUACGUCUCUACGUGAGGAACAACCUGUAUUUAGGCUUUACUGUCGUAAGCUUGCUUCUUGUUUCUGCUGACAUUAGGGGGCUGGGCCCUCAACAGCCGGAAACUAUUUGACUCAACAAGAGAACCGUUACUGCGGACCUGGAACGAUCUUUCUCUCCAUUUUAUUGUUCACAUGUGGACUUUCAGGGGAGAGCAAAAAAUUGACUGAAACUCAAGUGGACUUCUGGCAGUGCCAUCAUUCCUGCAGUUACCUGUCACGCCGAGUCCUCCCUCCUUGCGAUUGACGCUAGCACAUGCCAGUAGGUAGGAACCGAGCAUUCCUGUGCCUCCCAUUCGCUGGCCAUGAAGGACGGAGGUGGGUCAGAGUCAACGGGCACAUCCUGGCUCUUAGUCGUAGAGGUCAGGCUGAUUAAGGCCUUAAUCCUCUAUUGCCAAGCAGUUUUAUUAACUUUUUUUAAAAAUAAUUUGAUUUGUAUUUAACAUCGUCAUACUCAGUUUGUUGUUGUACUAUUCCUAUGGUUAUUAUUAUGAUUCUUAUUAUUAUUCUUAUUACUCAUAUCAUUGCAGUGAACCCUGGUCCUUUCUUCUGUUCUCAUUGCUGGCAGAGGUUUCCUUCUUUUUUUGCCAGCUGUUGAUUUAUUGUACCUUUUUCUUUUUUAAUCUUAAUCAUUUUGGAGGCAGGUGAGAGAAGCUGCUUGACUCUUGUACAGUUCCUCCAUUGUUGUCUUCCCUUAACUGGCCUCUCACCUGCGGUGCAGUUCUUUUUAUUCUUCAUUACCGAGAGGACGACAAACACAACUUGGACCUUUUUAUUCUUUCAUCAGUAAUAAGCCGUACGUUUUUAGACAACCCCGUAGGCCUUCUCUGUCCCUCGCUAAGUUUGAUUUUAUAGCCUCAACACAUCUCCCUCCUCCACCUCUUUCCUUCCCUUCUUCCUCCCUUUGUCACUUUAUUGCUCUCUCAAGACCUUUUUAGGCAGGCGGAGAGAAAACUGGGGGAAGUGAGGUGAGGGUAAUGAAUCAAAGAGAGCUGGUAGGAUCUAAUACUGGUUGUGUUGUAAAUAAUUACUGUAGAGUCAGUAGACUCAUUAUAUUAUUAAAGAAAAAUCUGUCAUUGAACAUAAGUUGACUUUUAAGAACACCCAUUACCGAAGGUAAAACACAUGAAAUGGAAAAAAACAAUAAUAAAUAUGGCUAUUAAUGUUUCUGUGUUAUACUCCUUGUUUUGCUGUUCCAGUAUACAAGAGAGGACUUUAUAUGAAUAAUUUAAGUUUGUAUGUGUAUCUUUCAGUAUGCAAAUAAAAAUAGGUGUUCAAUUAAAGUGAUUGUAUC